AUGGCCUACCCGCAGGACAUCACGCCAGAGGAGUUCAGCAAGCUGCCUCUCCUCGAGAGACUCACGACAUACAACUGGAAAAUCGAGAUCUUCGCCUUGGGCGUCGUCCUCGCGUACUUCGUGCUGUUCAAGCUCGGGUCCGGGUACAACAACAAGAUCGCCUCGAAGUUCAUCGACUCGGUCGUGCCGGCGCUCAGAGAGAACUUCUUCCAGGUGGGUGUCACGAGCCAGCAGCUCUACGCCCAGGACGACGGCCAGCACUACUCGCUCUACGCCUCGGGCAGACUGAGAGUGCAGUCCGUCUUGGCGAAGAUCGAGUUGCAGUCCAGACAGAACCUCUUCAUGUGGGCCAUGGAGCUCGUGAUGUCCUUCUUCCUCGACUCCGUGCCUCCUCCGCAGGACCUCGUGACCGUCGAGUUCACGUUCGACGAGGAGGCCAGCGAGAAGUUCGACAACUUCGUCUGGGCCGUCGUCACCAAGGACAAGAUGAACACCUUCCGCUCAGAGAACUACUUCCUCUCCUUGACCAAGACGUCCGAGUCCCCCAAGUUGCCGCUCCAGUUCGUCUUCAUGAACGAGGUCUCGGACAUGAACGACGUGCUCUACACCAAGAAGCUCGCCGACCUGUUGCAGGCCAACGUCUCCACCCUCAAGUUCCUCGCCAUCACCGACCAGCCCGUCGAAAAGCCCGUCAAGAUCGCCGAGUUGAAGCCGUACAAGAGACUCAUCCUUCAGUUCGCAUUGAGCAACUCCGACUCCAACAUUGAGGCCAGCAAAAACCUCUUCAACUACGUUCUCAACGACUACUUGGACCUCGUCGUCAACCGGGCCACCUUCAGACCAGAGCUCACCAGAAAGGUCAAGAAGACCAGAGAGAACGAGUACAACAAGCUCAAGAAGAUCUUGGACGACCUCAAGAGAGAGGAGCUCAACACCAAGAAGAUCGAGGAGCAGAAGAAGCUUAAGGCCUCCAUGACUCCAGAGGAGCAGCAGAAGUUCUCUAAGAAGCAGCAAGAGCGGAAGCAGAGAAAGCAGCUCAACAGACAGAAGGUCAGAGGCUCUAUGUAG